CCCAUUUCAAUCAAUCAUUCAAUCAAUAAUAAACUCUACAAUUAAAAGCACACAAUUGACAGUUCAAGGUCUUAAUAUUAUCAGAUUUCCGGAAAUCGGAUAUUUUCUGUGAGAUAUGCGUUUUCCGUGAUCUGUGUAAGAUCAAUAUUUCUUUGCUAGAAAUGUCACAAAAUUGGAAAUCUAUUUGGAUUGUAGCUGCAGUGGCAGUUGGUGUAGUUGGAGUAUUAGUUUGGAAGAAAAAGAAGCGUUCAUUUGUAAAAGUUGGAACCAUUUCCAAGCUCUAUUUUUUCCCAGUUAAAUCUCUAAAAGGUAUCAAUGUUACUAAGGGAGAAUGUACAAAAUUAGGAUUUGAAGUUGAUGGUUUGCUUGAUCGAUCAUUUAUGUUGGUAAAUAAGGAAGGAGUUUUGGUCAGCCAGAGAGAAGGACCAAGUUUGGCAUUACUAAAUAUCCAGAUUAAUGGCAACAUUCUUCUCAUCUCUACACCUUCUGGUACACAACUUAAAGUUGAAAUUAAAGAUUCAGUGUCUCCUAGUGAUAAAAUUAUUCAUUGUAGGGUUCAUACUGAUGGCAUUGAUGGAGUUGACUGUGGUGAUGAAGCAGCAGCUUUUUUCCAAACAUACCUUAAUAUGCCUGAUGUGCGUUUAGUUCGUCACUUUCCUUCUUUGCCCAAAAGGAAAUACUUAAAAAAUCAUCCAUUUGCAGAUAAACUUAGAAAAGAAAAUCCGGUUGGAUUUCAAGAUUUAGCACCUAUUCAUAUUUUGUCUAAAUCUAGUGUCGAUGAUUUAAAUUCGAGGCUUGAAGAUAACAAAAUAUCAGAACUUAAUUUUAGACCAAAUGUGCUGGUUGAUGGUUGUAAACCCUAUGAAGAAGAUUCUUGGAGAUACAUUAAAUUUCAAAAUGGUGUUUUGUUGAGUAAUCUGCAAAUGGUUACUAGAUGUUUACUGACUACAAAUGAUCCAGCUACUGGAAUUUUGUCUCAAAAGGAACCUCUGGUGACUUUAAGAAAAUAUAGGAUACCCAAGGAUCCAGAAACUGUAAAAAAUAUAGGAUCGCUUCCUUGUCUUGGAAUUGGAUGUGGUGUAUGGAAAACUGGCGAAAUUUCUGUAGGUGAUGAUAUAUUUGCUGAUGUUGGGCCUCAGCCGAUAAUGGCAGUGAAAUAACAGUUUAAUUCGCAAGAAUUCUUUUUUAUACUUUUUGUUAAAAACAUGUUAUAUUUUUAAAAAGAAUAAAAUAUUUUUGUAAUUGUUA